UAUCUGGAUGGAGCACUAAGGGAUACAUGGCAUGUCCUACUUGCAAUAAGGAUGCACCUUCACAGAGGGUAAGAAGUAAAAUUUGUUACAUGGGUCACCGUCGGUAUCUUGAAGCUAGCCACCCAUGGAGAAGAAGCAAGAAAUUUGAUGGGAAAAAAGAAUAAAACCAAAAGAGCUCUCAGGAGAUGAUGUCUUGCAACAAUUGGAUUUACUCAGUACUUAUAAACCAGGAAAACACUCAAAUAAUAAGAAAAAUAAACGUCUUCCUGAAGAGUUGAAUUGGGUGAGGAGAAGUAUUUUAUUUGAGUUACCAUAUUGGAAGAGCUUGAAGUUGCGGCAUAAUUUAGAUGUCAUGCACAUAGAAAAGAACAUUUGUGAGAGUAUUCUGGGGACUUUAUUAAAUAUUGAUGGGAAAACUAAGGACACAUAUAAAGCAAGACAAGAUCUUAAGGAUAUGAACAUAAGAAAAGAACUAUGGUUGCAACAUGAUGGUUCUAGUUGUACAAUGCCAGCUGCUUGUUAUACUAUGUCAAAAAAAGAGAAAAAAAAGUUUUGGGCAUUUGUAAAAGAUGUUAAAUUUCCUGAUGGUUAUGCUUCAAAUAUCUCAGGGUGUGUAAGUGAGGAUGAUGGUCAAAUAAGUAGACUCAAAAGUCAUGACUAUCAUGUCCUGUUACAACGAGUGCUACCUAUUGCUAUUCGUGGAUUUGAAAAUAAAAAUGUCUCUUCAUCAUUGAUUGAUUUAGGCGAUUUCUUCCAACGAUUAUGUUGUAAGACAUUGAGACGAGAUGACUUAGAACAACUUGAAAGGGAUAUAAUUGUUAUAUUAUGUAAGCUUGAGAUGAUCUUUCCACCUGCUUUUUUCGAUAUUAUGGUACAUUUGGCUGUGCAUUUACCACGAGAGGCUAUGUAUGGGGGACCAGUACAAUAUCGUUGGAUGUACAAAAUUGAGAGGUUCUUGUGCAAGCUUAAGCGUUAUGUGCGAAACAAGGCACGAGCAGAAGGUUCUAUUGCAGAAGGCUAUAUUAUUGAUGAAUGUUUGACAUUUUGCUCUAUGUAUCUUACCGGCAUCGAAACUAGAUUUAAUCGUGAAGAUCGAAAUGAUGAUGGAUCUAGCAAGAAAGAUGAACCUGUUCUAGACAUAUUUUCAAAGAGUGUUAGACCAUUUGGAGAUGGAGAUUAUGAUGCCAUACCAAGGAAAGAUCUUGAUAUGGCUCGGUGGUAUGUGUUGAAUAAUUGCGAAGAAGCAGAAUCUUUUCUUCAAGAGCAUAAAGAAGAGUUGGUGAAACAAGAUGUUGGGAAUAUAGAAGAGAAACACAGAGAACAAUUUCCUUUAUGGUUUAAAAAGGAAAGUAAGUGAUUUUAAGAUAAUAAUCAUGUUGUUGUGUUUAAAUUUUAAUCUUUUUCUUCUUUACUAAUUGAACGCAAUAUUUUUUUAAUCAUAGAUUUUGAAAUUAUAUAAUAAGGACAAGUCAAUGUCUAUCAAGAAAUUAUAUCCUUUGGCAAUGGAAUCGAUGUGCGUGGAAGAAAACAUAUCGGCUGUGUUAUAAAUGGUGUUAGGUAUCUUAUUCAACGACGCGAUGAAUUACGUAAAAGUCGAAUUGUGGUAUAG